CCCAUCAUCCUAAGGCGGGCGCGCUCGCUGCCCAGCUCGCCUGAGCGCCGCCAUAAGGGCGCAGGCGCGCAGGGCGCUGCGUGCCGGCCGGGCUGCAGCAGGCAGCACCGCGUGCGCUUCGCCGACGCUCUGGGCCUGGAGCUGGCGCAGGUCAAGGUGUUCAACGCGGGCGACGACCCGUCCGUGCCACUGCACGUGCUGUCGCGUCUUGCCAUCAACUCGGACCUGUGCUGCAGCAGCCAGGACCUGGAGUUCACCCUGCAGUGCCUGGUGCCCGACUUCCCGCCGCCCGUCGAGACCCCUGACUUCGGCGAGCGCCUGGGUCGGCAGCUCGUGUGUCUGGAGCGCGUCACCUGCUCAGACCUGGGCAUCAGCGGUACGGCGCGCGUGCGCAACCUGGCCUUCGAGAAGCAGGUGGCGGUGCGUUACACGUUCUCGGACUGGCGCAGCGCGCACGAGGCUGCGGCGCGGUGGCGCGGGCCGGCGGGCACUGAGGGCGCCGAGGACGUCUUCACCUUCGGCUUCCCGGUGCCGCCCUUCCUGCUGGCGCUCGGCUCCCGCGUGCACUUCGCGCUGCGCUACCGUGUGGCCGGCGCCGAGUACUGGGACAACAACGACGGUCGCGACUACAGCCUCACGUGCCGCAACCAUGCACUGCACAUGCCGCGCGGGGAGUGCGAGGAGAGCUGGAUUCACUUCAUCUGA